UUACUUUCCUCACAUCGCAGCAAAACCGACGUCACGCUAUUCCUCCAUUUCUCUCUCGCGCGGAGCUAAGUUUAAGCUCUUCUGCUCAGAAUUCAGAUCCUAGGGUUUCGUUUCCUUUCCCUCUUCUUUCUCAGAAGUUAAGCCCCACCAAAACCUUCUCAAUCCUCUACAUUUUGCCUCUUCGCUUUCCACAUUUCACCUCCAUUAUCAAUUUCUAUCUUCCAGGAAAAGCUAACUCCUCUGGACCUGCCACAUCAAUCGAUUCAUGGCCAAAACCAAACCAGGCAAAAAAGACCUCGAUUCCUACACUAUCAAAGGCACCAACAAAGUUGUUCGACCUGGUGAUUGUGUGUUGAUGCGCCCAUCGGACUCCGAUAAGCCUCCCUACGUCGCACGAGUUGAGAAAAUUGAGGCCGAUCAUCGCAAUAAUGUCAAAGUCCGUGUCCGGUGGUACUAUCGGCCGGAGGAGUCCAUUGGUGGCCGCCGUCAAUUCCAUGGGGCAAAAGAGCUCUUUUUAUCGGACCACUACGAUGUGCAAAGUGCACACACAAUUGAAGGCAAGUGCAUCGUGCACUCAUUCAAGAACUACACUAAGCUUGAAAAUGUUGGAGCUGAGGACUACUUCUGUAGAUUUGAAUACAAGGCUGCCACUGGUGGGUUCACCCCUGAUCGGGUAGCUGUGUACUGUAAAUGUGAGAUGCCAUACAAUCCAGAUGAUCUAAUGGUGCAGUGCGAGGGUUGCAAAGAUUGGUUUCAUCCUUCUUGUAUGGGUAUGACAAUUGAAGAAGCCAAAAAAUUGGAUCACUUUCUGUGUUUUGACUGUUCCUCUGAUGAUAAUGCCAAAAGAACUUUGAACGCGUUCCCAGUAUCACCAUCUGUUGAGGGCAAGGUGGAGACAAAGCGAAGGAAGAGAUGACAGAUAAUCAUGAUGGGUAAUUGGGAGGUACUUUUUCUUGCACAUUAGCUCCAGUAUGUUAUUGUUGCCUGUUGUUCAAUUUUACAGUGCUGAUAAGAUGUUGUGCUUGCACAAGCUAGAGGCCCUUCUUAUUUAUAUUUUUCUAUUGUUUGUUCGUGUGAAUGGUCUUAGGAGAUGAUCUGUAGUGCCUAAUGAUGUCCUCAUGAGUACUGUGCCAAAAAUUGAAGUAUCUUUUUUCUUUUCUGCGCCAAUGAUGAUGAAUCAAACUAAAUGUCUCGUGAACCUUGGGUUUGUUAUGGUAUAUGCUAUAUAUGUGAUAAACUCAUCCUGUUCUUCCUUUCUUCUUCCCUUAAUCACAAGGGAUGAGGAAAUAGGGGUUGGGUUUUAGCAAGAGAUGUAACAGUCGACUUAAUCCAGGCACUGUUUUGGACUCAAAUCUUCACGUGGGGUGAUUUGUUGAUGUAGAUGAAGGCAAAUAUCACUCAGUCUCAACGUCCAAGAGUGGUUAUGGUUUUCUUGUUCCUUUUUUUUUUUGUUUUUUUGUAUAGAUGGCUCUGGACAAAUUUUCGAGCCUGUGUCCCAAUUCUCUAGUUGCCAAGUCUUCUGAAAUUUUGAAUCACCUGUUGAAGGUAGCUGAUUGAAUGUGGGAUUUCCUCUAUUGAGCAGAGCUGCUGAUAGCCUUGCCGAGGGCAUCAACUGUUCCGUCUGAAUUUCUAUGCAUAUAUAUGAAUAACCAUAUUUGUGGGAGCAGGGGAGCAAUGCCACCAUCUAUUGGUGAGCAUCUUGAUCUAAUUAUGCAUAUUUUUGUUAUCGACAGCCUUUAGUUGAGAAAGGGAGAGGGAAAAGUGGACAUUGAAGGUCUGUGUGCAUAAUGCAUGAAUGGGUUUCUUGAAGGAUUUGGAAUCCCACACACAUGUUCUUAGAUGAUAUUUUAAUCACAUAUAUCAGAGUUGAGUGCUGGGAAAGUAAAUGCAAUUUAUUGUAUUAUACUGGAUCUUACUGGUUUCUGAGGGAAAAGGUACUAGUCAAAAUUGCAUGGUUAAGAAGAAAAAACAGAAAGAAAGCAGGGAGGAGCACUGUUUGAAUGCGGAUCGUUAAGCAAAUGUUGGUUGUUGACCAACAUCCAUGUAUUAUGAAGGAUUUUAGUAAAAAAAAUUACAUUUU